AUGAGUAAGCGGAAAUGUAAGUUUACGGAAGUAUUAAGAGCCAAAUAUCCAUGUUUUACCAAGGGACGAGAUGAUUUUGACGCCAAAUGUUCCAUUUGCGACUGCCAUGUGGAUGUAAGCAACAAAGGCACUAUUGCUUUAGAACGGCACGUAACGACAGAAAAGCAUAAAAAGAUGAUACGAGCAGCAAGUUCGUCUUCCAAGGUCACUAACUAUUUUCAAUCUCCUUAUUCAAUGACUCACCGAAAUAUUCAUGCUGCAGAAGGAGUACUAGCCUUCCACACGGUAAAACAUCAUCAGUCAUACAAUUCUAUGACAUGUACAGCGAGCUUAACGAGAAAAAUGUUUACUGAUUCUGAAACGGCAAAAAAUCUUAAAUGCGGAAAAACUAAGACGGAAGCUAUAAUAAAUCAAGUUGUUGCUCCACAUGCCAUUACGACUAUAAUUGAAACUUUGAAGAACAUUUCGUGCCUUUCCGUCGCCACAGACGCCAGCAACCAUGGUGCAGAGAAACUAUUUCCUAUAAUGAUUCAAUAUUUUAACUGGACUGGAAAUGGAAUCGAAACAAAACUUCUUGAUUUGCAAAGUUUACCAAAUGAAACUUCGCUCUCGAUUGCACAUCUUGUAUACGAAACGCUUAAUACGCAUCAAUUGACCCCAAAGUGUGUGGCAUUUAUUGGCGAUAAUGCAAAUGUGAAUUUUGGAGGUAUCAACCGAAAUCCAGGUCAAAACGUUUUUACGCGCCUUAAAGAAAGUUUGAAGAAAGAAAACCUCAUAGGAAUUGGCUGCCCAGCACAUAUUAUGCAUAACAGUCUUCGCCACGGUGUCGAUUUGAUGAAACUGGAUGUUGAGUCUAUAAUAUUGAAAAUAUUUAAUUAUUUUUCUGUGUACACGGUGAGAACAGAAGCACUAAAAGAGUUUUGCGAUUACGUCGAACUCAAUUACCAGCCUUUGCUAAGACACAGCAAAACAAGGUGGCUUAGCUUGUUUCCGUGCAUAGAAAGAAUUCUGAAGCUCUAUCCAGCAUUAAAAGAAUAUUUCUUAAGCCAAAGAAUAUCACCAUACAUAAUAAAGACAUUUUUCGAAAGCUCAACUUCAGAAGCAUAUUUAUGGUUCACGCAUUCUCUGAUGUCUAUUUACCAAGCAAAUUUGGCGAAAGUCGAAGAAGAACAUAAUUCCCUUCUCGAAAUUUCAAAGAUACUUCAAUCCGUACUGCGCAUGCUUCAAAAUCGAAGAAACGACAAGUUUUUGCCACUACGGGUAAGGCAGCUACUUCGUGACAACUGUGGUGAAAAUGAAGAGGCCGAGUCCAUUUCCAACGAAUUUUUCAGUGUUUACGAGGCUUGCGAAAAUUAUUUAAAGGAGUGGAUAAAACCCUUUGACGAUUUCAAAUGUUUUGAGUGGAUGACGGUGCUGAAAGAGAACGAAAACCUAAAGUAUGAGGCUUUAGUUCCAUGCAUUGAGUUUUUGAGCAUCAGAGGUGUUGAAAUUGACGAUGCUAAAUUACAUGAUCAAUUCUGUAGUUUCAUUUCAUUUCUGAAAUCGAAAUCAGACGGUGAUUCUGCUGAUAAAUAUUAUGAUUUGAAGCUAUACGAGCAAUGGACAAUGUACUUCAAAAGUGCUAAAAACAUUGAAUAUUUCUCAGAACUGCUUAAAAUCUGCGAGUUCUAUUUUUCAAUAAGCGCACAUAACGCGAACGUAGAAAGAGUUUUCUCACUGAUCAAUACUCAGUGGACUAAAGAGAGAAACAGAUUGAGCGUGGAGUCAGUUAAAGCUUUAAUUUUAACUCAAUAUAACUUUAAAAAUAUGUCGUGUGAAGAUUUUUAUAAUUAUUUGUUAAAAAACCAAGAACUCCUUACAAAAAUUGGCAGCUCGGCGAAAUAUGACGAUUAAAAUAAAGUGAAUUAUAUAAAAAAUUUGUUUUGUUAUGAAUGUCCUCCUUUUUUAGAGAAAAUCCUCCUUUUUAGGCCCGUCAGUCCUCCUUUAUCAAAUUGUCAUCUGGCAACCCUAU